UAGUACAGAAAUGACAACGGAGAACAGAAGUAGCCGCAAUGGAAGCAGAGACAGGCUGGGAUUGAGCUUCACUAUUGACUACCUUCUGUAUAACAGAGGCGUGAAAGGAUCCAAAGAAGAAGCAAUGGGAAGUGGUGCGACGGAACAGACAGAGAACGGCAUGCAAAAUCAUCAGAACCCUAAACUUGAAGAGGUGGGAAGUUGCUGUGGGAAACAGGGGAAGCGUCUACAGCAGUCAGAGGCAAAGACUGAAAAAAGCAAAGCCAGUGAAGAAGAGGUUGGCGAAGAGCAACAAGGGGAGGGGGAGGAAAAAGUGACCACCACCACAACAUCUAUAAGCAGCAAUCUCGAAAAAUCUAUGGACAAACCCAACCAGUCAUACAUCGCGCUCAUCUCCAAGGCAAUUCUGGAAUCAGAGGAGAAGAAACUGCUGCUAUGUGACAUCUAUCAGUGGAUCAUGGACCAUUACCCUUACUUCAAGAGUAAGGAUAAAAACUGGAGGAACAGCGUACGUCACAACUUGUCCCUCAACGAUUGCUUCAUCAAAGCGGGCCGAAGUGACAAUGGAAAAGGCCAUUUCUGGGCAAUUCACCCUGCAAACUUUCAGGACUUUUCUAAAGGGGACUACCACUGUCGAAGGGCGCGCCGGAGGGUACGAAAGGUGGUGGGACAACUUCGCCUUUCCUCCCUGACCCCCCCCUACUAUCCCGCCGCCACCCCCACCCACCUCCACAGAACGGUCUGCUGGUGCUGUCCUCAGGGCCCACUACUCCCUCUGUCCUGCUUGGCACCCAAACUCUACUGGCCUUGGUCCAGUAUACAGCCACAAGUGGGUCUUCAUCUGGGCCUGAAUGCUUCUGUACCCUGA